GCUCCGUCUCUCCCCCUGGUUGGCUGGAUGGGACACGUCAGCAGUCAAUAAGUUGUAGAGACAGACUCCACCGAGAUGUCUCAUGGUCCGGACCCAUCAUCCUCCUCUUCCUGGUUAUGAGCGUGUUGACACCUACUAGUUUGGGGGUGGCAAAAAAAAACAAGCGUCAGUUUGGACAAAUGUCUCAGUUUACUGGUGGAGACACCGUCGAGAGGCGCGCGGAGGAGCAGCAGCAGCAGCAGCUAGAGCGAGACGGUUGACAUGUCACGACACGCGUCACGCGACGAGUUUCACGAGAGUUUGACGGCGCGAGGACACUGAGUUCACAAUGAAGACUUUAAAGUGAAUGAAAAGCCAUUUUUUUUUUGUUGUGCUCCUCAAAGUGUGUUUUUAACUGUAAGAAGAUGAGGUUCAGGCUGCUCAAGAAGAACCUGCUGGCGCUGCUGGGUGUUUCCGUGGUAGUUGUGACUCUCCUGUUUUCCACACGUGUGUUGUUACUGUCUGAUAAUGACACAUCUGGACCUACUCAUAGUAACAAUAACGCUCAGGGCAACCAGGCCAUGCACUCUGGUGACGUCAAGUUCAACUUUGGCUCUCUCCCAGAGUUGACUAAGUCAGUUUAUAACGCCAACUACAAGCAGUGUGUCCACAAUGCUGACAAGUUCCCGGGGGAGCCUCGGCUGGUGCUGGUCGUGCAGGUCCACAACAGGCCCGAAUACCUCAAGCUGCUCGUCAGAUCCCUGGAGAGAGCCGCCGAAGUCCACGGCUUCCUCCUCAUCUUCAGCCAUGACUACUUCUCAGAGGAAAUCGAUGCCAUCGUGCGAGGGAUAACUUUCUGCAAAGUGCUGCAGAUUUACUUCCCCUUCAGCACACAGCUGUAUCCCGACGAGUUUCCUGGGAAGGAUCCACGGGACUGCCCUCGGGACAUAUCCAAGGGCGACGCGCUCAAAACAGGAUGCCUCAACGCGGCUCAUCCCGACUCCUACGGGCACUACAGGGAAGCCUUCAUAACUCAGACCAAACACCACUGGUGGUGGAAGUUGCACUUCGUGUGGGAGCGGGUGCAGGCGAUGCAGGGCUACGACGGGUUCGUGAUCUUCCUGGAGGAGGACAACUACAUCCUACCUGACUUUUUCCAUUAUUAUAAAUCCAUGAUGGAGUUCAGGAAGAGCCACUGCGCUGACUGCGACAUGCUGGCUUUGGGGAACCACGACGGUUUAACUGAUUUCACCAAACUGUCCAACAAGGUGUUGACCACCGGUUGGAUGUCCACUAAACACAACAUAGGCAUGGCCAUCUCCAGGGAGGUGUACUACAAGCUGAUGGGCUGCAACGUGGAGUUCUGCACCUACGACGACUACAACUGGGACUGGACCCUGCAGCACCUCUCGGGCACCUGCAUAGCGAAGCCCGUCAAGGUGCUGGUGGCGCAGGGCUCCAGGGUGCUCCACACGGGAGACUGCGGCCUCCACCAGAAGGAGAACUGCAGGCCGGAGUGGGCCUCGCAGAAGGUGGAGGAGGGCCUUCAUACGGCCAAGGACAGCUUCUUCCCUCCGUCUCUCGUCCUCAGCAGCACAGAGGCGGUGGAGCACAAGGCGCACAUGAAGAACGGAGGAUGGGGGGACGUCCGAGACCACAUUCUAUGCAAUAACUACGCCAAACGUCUUUGAACUGUAACUUUGGGUAAAAAUGUCUAUUGAUAUUCUGCAGAUGUGCCAUUCAUGGGGGGUUUUUGCAACUACAGUCACUUUUGAUUCGCCCAAAAUUAAAAAAAAAAAAAAAAAUUUAAAUUUUAACCACCAGAGUACGUAAUACUUAUAAACCUGUACACAAAAUGACAUAUCAUAUCACUCAUUUUAUGUAUCUCAAAAGAUACCACAGUUGUGGGACAUGAAGAAAAGUGCUGUUUGGACCCAUAAAAUGCUUCAUAAAUUGUUCAAAAUUACAUUAUUUAGUAAUUAUUUUUUUACUUUCAAGAUAGGUAAUAACACGGUGUAUAUAUUUAUCAAGCAUCGCACUGCAAAUGUUGACCCAAAAUUUCAUUGCUGGGACUUUAAAAAUGCCCGUAGUUGCAGAAACACUCUCAUACGUAACAUUUCAGGGUUUCAGAGGCUGCAGUAAUGUUCUUUUCCGGCAAGAUUUUUCAAAAAACAGGACCAAAUCAACUCCACGAAUGCUGCACGUACACAGCUAAACUUGUUCUUCCAGUCAUUUUAUAUUUUGAAUCACCAAAGCUGCACAGUUGCCAAAGACUUUUCUUGAGAUUUGUGUUGUGUAUACUGCAAGCUUGGUCAUGCUGUUCAAUUUCAUGUCACCAGCUUUGUUUAUCUCUGGGUGUCUUACAAGCCAAAACAUUAGAUUAGAUUUAUUGCAUGGGAAGAAUAUAUAUCCGAAUAUGCACACACAAUAAUUUGCAAUUUUAUUUGCAAAUAUUUUUCCUUGUCUGGGAACAUUGCACAGGAUGUUGUUUAAUUCUCAAGAAUUUCAAUUGUGUUAGUGCAUUGCUUUUAUGAUCCAAUAUAGCCGCAAUGCUUUUUUUACAUGUGCUUUUUAAUGGUACGA